CUUCAAUGCAUACUUUUUCCGAAUAAGGUGGAGUAACCCGGAAGGGGAGGGGCUUCGCCUCUCUUCAAUAAUAACGCGUGUGUCGCGUCGCACUUAUUAAAGUCCUUCGAUGAAUAAGGUCUUUUGAAGUUGAUAUACCCCUGUGAUACCCCUGUGAUCUGCCAUUCUAUCACCCACCCAAAGGCACUUUUAAGAGCCACAUUUGUUUUCUCAAUCCGUCCUUUUCAGUGUGCCUUGUCCUUACCUGUGUUGCUGUCUGUGUAUCUCUCUCCGUCCCUCUCUCGCUUUUUCCCCUAUCUGUGCUUACCCCUUUUUUUGUCUUCUCUGUCUGUGUGAGUGUUUCUGUCUGUCUGUUUGUCUUUUUGGGCAUCACCAUGAGUGAUUCAGAGCUCCAAAAUGUCCUUAACAGCCUAGAUGAUCUUGUUGAACAGGCAGAUCAAGAAGAACCCAAUAAUGAGCUCCAAGAUGUCCUUAAGACCCUAGAUGAUCUUGUUGAACAGGCAGAACAAGAAUAACUCAAUAAUGAGCUCCAAGGUCUUGAUAACUUGAUUUCUAAGCAGCGGGAUGAGGAUGCAGCAGCACCAGUGAAGACACCUGAACCAAUCGUCAAUUGGAAAAACAGAGACGUCGAUGGAAACCAAAUCUUUGAUAGACCAAAAGCAAGCAGGAAUCUGCCAAAUCAGGCUGGUCCCAGUCGGAGGAAAGCUCCUCGUGUUGAUGCUCCUGACACUGACUGUGAGAUGGUCUUUGCUCCAGAGACUGUUGAGUGUUUUCUACAAGAUCUCCAGCUAUCACUAAGCGAUGCCUCUGGUGAUGAGCUAGAAACAUCUGCUCCAACAGCUCCUCCUAUGGCUUCUUUAGACUGGGGCACAAGAAAAAGUCUCUUUUUAGAGAGGUGGAAGACUGAGAGGCCCCGUCUGAUUAACAGCACAGCAGCACAAGAAAAUGUUGCAAACCGUAUCUGCCAACAGUGUGGGAGCAAUCCAGCUGCUGUCCGUUGUCGUGACUGCCGACCACGCCCUUUCCUCUGUGCUGAAUGUGAUGUUAGCAUGCACACCAGACAUGUACUUCACAACAGAGAUGCCAUGACAGCUGGAUUCUUCCAGCCAUUACCUCCAACAACUUUUGUUGCUGACAAGGCUCUUUCCCAUUGUGUUCGGCUUAUGCCUGUAGAAAUGCCUGAGAAAAUCUGUGGAUGCUCAACAGUGUCCUUAAGGGUCAACCCAGGAAAGGUUGUUGCUGUGGUCACAAUUAAUGGAAGACACGAUCUCAGCAUGCCUGAGUUGAGUUGUCACACAUGUGAUGCCACUUGGGCUGCUGGAUUGGACGAUCUUAUCCAGAGUGGCUACUGGCCUGCAACACUUCACUUCUCUACAAUUUAUGAAACAGAUGUGUGUUAUUCAUUUGAAGAGAUGAAGAUGGCCGCACCAGGACUUUCCUGCCAGGCAUUUUUAAGAAUGCUGGAUCAAAGAACUUUCCGCUUUGGCCGUUCUGGGAAGAUCUCAGCAGGCAACUUUCAGCAAAGUUUUUUUGAGUGGGAGGCUGUCCGAUUUGAGGUGGAAAACAUCUGCAAAGAGGAGAGCUUCAUCUGUCCUGCGUGCACCCCGGAUAUGCUUGCGGUUUCAGUGGAUGGAAACCGUAAGCACUACCGCUUCAAGCAUGCAGCUAGAUCCGAGGAAAAGGCCACAUUUGAAGGCGUCUUCAUUGCCAAGGAUGAAGAAGUGACACGAUUUGUGGACUAUAUCCACAGGACAACUAAACAUGUCUCUGGAAGAGGUGUUUGUGGAGGGGAGUGGUCCGCAGCCAGAGAGACUUCCCAAAGAUCCACCAGCAAGGUAGACGAGGAGGGCCUGGAGCUUGCGGUGUGUCGCCAUGGAGUACUGCUCUGUGCACUGAAUAUGUACAGGGGAGAAAUAUUUGCCUAUCCCUUGUACUUGCAAGAAAAGCUGGCCAGCAGGAAUAUCACUUUUUUUUGUAUGGAUGUCACAUGUAAAUGUUGGCCCUACCUUAAAAAAGUUACAAAGAGCUGCCCAGAGCUCCAGCACCUUCUCCAGAUGAGGCCCUUCCUCUCGGUAUUUCAUGCCAAAGCCCAUGAUUUCAAAUGCGAGGUGAAAUGGAGUGGGGCGUAUCAGGAGGGGGCUGGCUUAACACUCGGAGAGGAAGUGGAACAGUGCAAUGCCUUUCUCUCUAGGAUUGCUGUAACAACCAAACACAUGACAAAAGCAGGACGCACAGACAUGCUUACUCUCAUGGCCAUGCGCUGGAAUCAGCAAAAAUUCAGAAAUUUGGCAACCUCACUGUGUCACCGAUAUCAGAAGACCACCAAAGUUCUGCAAAACCAGUUGCAGAACUUGGAGACCAUGAAAGUGCAAAUGGCAGUGACAGAGAGCAAAUUGGAAGACUGGGUCAAUGAUGUCAAGGAGUGGGCAGAAGCCGCAAAAACAACAACCACCUCAAAUGAUGCUGAUGCCUUGGCCAGCAGAAUUGAGGUGCUGGUGGCUAGUAUCAAGAGACGAUCCCAGCGUCUUUAUAAAGACACAGACGGCAGCAAAGGUCGUGCCAGGAUCCGACGCAAGAUCAGGACAGAGAAGGGGAUCCUGACUUCUGUUGUGGAAACUUACAACCGAAUGGUUGUAAGUACAGAAACUCUGUGCUUGGAAACCAUUCUGUCUGGCGAGACAGCUUGGCCAUGGCAGCAACCGCACAGUGACUCAGUGGAUCUGAAGACUAAAAGAAAGGCGUUUGAAAUCAUCAUGGCAAUAAGGAGACUUCAGGAGGAGAAGAAGAUUGUGGUCACAGAGAUGGACCACCAUUGGAAAGCUCUCAAAGCCCGUGCUGAUUCCCUGAAAGAGCUGUCCUGCCUUCUGCCCAGUGAGCCGAUACAAAACCUGCCUUGGAGCCUAAGCGACGAGGGGUUGAAAGGGGUCCAAAGCAUUGUCUUCAGGAAGAGGCAGAACAUCAGAGAGAUGAAGACGCACACCAGAGCGUGUUACCUGCAAGUUUUGUCUGGAGCAGAGAACAUCAACUUCUUGCAGAGUGCUUCAUCUGAGGAUUUCGACAGUGACUCUGAUUCCGAAAUUGAUUAGAAACUGACACCUUUCUCAUACUGGACAAUGAACUUAAUUCUGCAAGACUAUCAGUUCCCAUGUAUGCCCUACUUGCACUAAGAAUCUAAACCACUCUGUGGCUACUGAUAUUCACUAUUUCCCAGGAUCUAAAAUAGACAACCAACAUAUACCGUUGUCAUCGUUCAUUCACAAUUAUCUGAGGAACACUGUGGACACAACCUGGUCCAGCUGCUUCCCCUCUGGUAGCAAUACAGAUCACUCAUAUAUCAUUUUAUAUCUGAUAUCACUGUCCAUAUAAAUCCUCCACACUGUAUUUAUAUAUAUAUAUAUAUAUAUAUACUAUGAAAACUCAUCUGAUCCUUGUAUGUUCUUUCUAAAUAAAUAUCCUUUGCAAUAUUUGUAAUGUUUACAUCAGACACAUCAAUGUUUGUGUAUGUA